CCAUACACUGUGAGUCUGGCACUGGCCUGGGAACUGGCUGUGCAUUGGACUGCGCGUAAUCCGGUGUUUUGAUGUCUCGAUCGGUGGAAACGCAACCGACCAGGAAGGAGAAAAAGUAGCCCGAUUUGUCACCUCGACACAUUAUAGCUGACUGAAGCCUCACACUCCGGCAGCUUCUUCAAUACACUUCCACUAGCCAUACUGUUUUCCCCUCUGAUGCGCACCAGGAGGCAGCGAGCUGUGGAAGAGAGGAUGUGCCACAGACUGUCAGAAAAGUGUUAUUGUUGCCAUGUAAUUAGCAUUGUGUAACCGAGUCCAAAUGUAUUUACGUUUUUAGAAUGGCUAUGGAGAGCAAUAGCCUAAAUUGAUUCUGAACAUCAAAUAUAUAGCCUAUUGUAUCUCUAAACUCUGUACAAAUAUGUCGUCAUUUUGCAUUCUUGAAUUUCCCCACAAGCUAAACGAAUGUGAGUGAUUUUAGAAAUGUUUUUCAGGCUACAAUAGCAGAGAUUUCCCAGAAGAUUUCAGUGUUGGGUGACCCUGCAGGAUAUGACAAGCUCCGUCUAUAGGUUAAAUAGGCCUAUUAAUGGGUCAUCGGGGAUCAAACAGACACCUAUUAGCCGGACAGCCGUUAAUAGGUGUGUAACACAUCAAAGGCACGCGUUUGUAAGGCUUGACAAUAUCCACUGAGAUGUGCAAGAGGGUGGGGUGCGGGGGGGGGGUCGUUUUGUGUCUGUCAAGCAGUAUAAAACCUUCUGGUAUUCUGCGUGUUUACCAGUCACAAGGAGAGACUUGAGGAAACAUACUCUCUUUCGCUGUGUUUCUAAUUCGAUAGAGGAUAAUGGCACUCGGGUUGGAUUUUACUGCCCGUAAUGUUUCUGAGAUGAAUACGUUUUACUCGGGACAUUACUGGCCAGCCACAUGCCUGGACAUGAACAACAACGACGAUUACGCACAGGAAUCCAGCAGAGUGCACCAUGAUGCUCCCCACAGAAUGCGCUCAGACACCCAGCGCCGCCGGAAGCGCACGACUUUCAGCAAGGCGCAGCUGAGCGAGCUGGAGAGGGCCUUCUCUGUCACACAGUACCCGGACAUUAAAAUGAAGGAGUCUCUUGCAUCUAUAACUGGGCUACCGGAGUCUAAAAUCCAGGUCUGGUUUCAAAAUCGACGCGCGCGCUAUUUCAAGAGCAAGAAACCAAGCAGAGAAGUCCUCAAACCCUCCACAGACUACCUUCCUCACUUCUCAUACACUCCAACUCCCAGUCCACCAUUCCCACAGUUGGAUGAUUUUUUCCCUCAUUAUCCCAGCCUACCGUCCCCACCAGGUUACCCUGCUCCCAGUUUACCUCAGUCCACCAGGCUCUCAACCGUCCUGGGGAGUCAGACCAUGUCACUGCCCGCACCUACAUCCCCUGUCGCUGCCGACCAAGCUACACCCUGCUCCCCGCAUGGGCCGGAUCUCCCAGGAGUUCCCCAAGACCAUUACUAUCAAACACCAAACUUUGCUGAUUUUCACAAUGUGUUCCCACACAACGGGUUCAGUCAAUGGGAUUUGACGGAGGACUUUGAGGCUUUCAUCGGAGAUGCACAAGGAGCCCAGUCUGUGGGUAUUCACUGCGCUGCAGACGGACAUCCUGGACCCAAGGAGAGCGUUAAGAGUCAGCUGGAGCACCAGAGCUUCUCCAGCACUGGCGAGUCCAUGGACGACCUGUCCGAUUUUUGCUUUCCUGACUUGGGCAACUUUAAUCUAUCAGAUUUGGACAUUUCUGCAGCAAUGAUUGAUUAUUUUUUGGGCUGAUUGAUAAAAUAAGAGCUAUUAGCUACAAGCUAUUUAAAAGAAAGUUACAUGUUUAAAACGACAUUGUUAAUAGGCUUAACGUUAGCUGUAAUAGGCUAGUAGGCUAUUUACUAAGCAAUAGCAGUAAUAUUUAUGGUGAGACUGCCCUGAAAAAAAUGACUUUCUCAUUUGAAUGAAAUGUAUAUAACUAUUCAGAAAUGUACAUAUUGUAGAUUAUUAC